CUCCCAGAGCCGCCGUGUGUUGAGUCGCAUCCUGUCAGCUGUGGUGGAUGUGUGGAUGUGUGGGUGUUGUCUUGGAAUGCUCCUGUCUGGAUUAUUUUAGCGAGCUGCCUCCCUUACCAUUAUCCAAAUCCGCCCUCAAAGUCUCCAGGAAAGUGUCGUGACAGCUUUUGAAUGGUGCAGAGUGUGAUGCCAAGUAUUACGGGGCCGUUUGUGCUGGGCGGUGGCAGCAGCAACACAGGCGACCGGGAUGGGGUGGAUGGUGGGGGCACACGGGGGGGUGGCCGGAGCAGUGGGGGACACCGGCCUAUGUCCAAUGAGGAGUGUGGUAUCCGAGAAGUCUGGGCACACAACAUGGAGGAAGAAUUUCACCACAUCCGUCGCAUUGUUCACCAGUAUCCCUACGUGGCUAUGGACACAGAGUUCCCUGGAGUGGUUGCGAGGCCAAUAGGCGAGUUCCGAAGCAAUGCAGACUACCAGUACCAGCUGCUGCGUUGUAAUGUUGACCUCCUGAAGAUCAUCCAGCUGGGAUUCACCUUUCUUGAUGAGCAGGGCAAGACACCACCAGGCUUCAGCACCUGGCAGUUCAAUUUCAAGUUUAAUCUCACGGAGGACAUGUAUGCCCAGGACAGCAUAGACCUCCUACAAAACUCCGGCCUUCAAUUCAAAAAGCAUGAAGAGGAUGGCAUCGAACCUGUCAAAUUUGCUGAGCUCCUCAUGACUUCUGGGAUUGUGCUCUUUGACAACAUAAAGAUGCUCUCCUUCCACAGUGGGUAUGACUUUGGUUACCUGCUAAAGCUGUUGACAGACCAGAAUUUGCCCUCAGAAGAGAGUGAAUUCUUUGAACUUCUGAGGCUCUACUUUCCUUCAAUAUAUGAUGUAAAGUACCUGAUGAAGUCCUGCAAGAAUCUGAAAGGUGGCUUGCAGGAGGUGGCGGAGCAGCUGGAGCUGGAGCGUGUCGGGCCCCAGCAUCAGGCUGGCUCAGACUCCCUCCUCACAGGUGCUGCAUUUUUCAAGAUGAAGGAGAUGUUCUUUGAGGACAAAAUUGAUGAUGCCAAGUACUGUGGUCACCUGUAUGGUCUGGGGACGUCCUUUGUUGUCAACGGAAACUCAUCAGCCUCAUACACAGACAACGGCCACACUUCAGACUCCACCUCCAAUUCAUAGUGCAGCAGGGAAAACAAGUCAAGCCCCGCCCAACCUUGUACAGACCCUCCGUGGCCCGUGGAGACUUAGCUGGCCGUGUUGGCUCCCGAUUCCCUUGAAGACCCAGCAUUGGUGUGGCACAGGGUUAUUGUGUUUCUGAACCACACUUAUGGAGGCUGGUGUCCCAGUCCUUGUGUGUCCUACCAAUAAUUUUAUUAUUAUUUCUGUGUUUUAAAAAAUGGGUGGAAGUGCCAUCCUCACUUUUCUUCCUCUCUCUUCUGUCAUUAAUCACUCUCUCUCUCUCUCUCUCUCUCUCUCUCUCUCUCUCUCUCUCUCUCUCUCUCUCUCUCUCUCUCUCUCUCUCUCUCUCUCUCUCUCUCAUGCUUUCUUUUUUUUUUUCCUUAGUCUGUCAGUUUUCUUAGUGUAUUGAGUGAAAGGCAAAUUUAGAAUGUGGAAGUAUGGAUGUCUUGCUGGUGAGGUCCUAAGGGGCAAGUCCCCUCUGGUGUGUUUUAACUGGAAAUUAUGCAUUUUCCAAAAGCCUAUUGGAGUGGUUCAGAGAAUCCCAGAGAUGAAAGAAAAUUCAGAAUGAUAUUCAACAUAUUUUACUCUCAUUUGUUGGCAACAAUUCUUCAAUGCAAAUCAUUAAUCUUAGAAUGAACAGAGCUCUUAAUGAGGACAUUAUUUUUGUUUUGUAUGAUUUCCACUUCUCUAAGCUUUAAAGCAAUUUCUGUUGUAUGUACAGGAGUAUGAGGGAGUUUUAUAUCAAAAGCUGUACAUCUCAUUAUUCCCAUUUAGGCCUGAGUUGAGCCUGAGGCAGUACAACUUCAUGUCCUGUGAGGGAACAUCACAUUUUUGGAUCAUUGGCCACAGGCACUAGGACUAAACACUCCCUGGUGGGCUUAACUGGAAGUUGGAUGUAGGGAAAAACUAAUGUGGUUGAAGGGAAAGCGGCAUCAUUGAUUUUAUGAAAAUUAAAGAAGAAAAUGCACAAAAACACUUAUUUUUUAUAAUCAGUUUGUAUCUUAAAACUGUGAUAGCAAUUAUACUUUUAUUGAAGAUUAUUCAUAUCAAACAAAAGGUGAAUAAAAUUUCCACUGCUUUAACCA